GCCUAACUUUCUUUCAAGCUGACUGUUCAAAAAUACAAAUGCAUUACGUCAGGGUUCAAGUUCCAUAAACAACAAAAAAGACAGUAUGCAGUGCCGCUACCGAGAGAAAUUGUGCUUUUAUUGGCUUGAAUUAAAGUUUGCAUCGCCUUGUGUGUGUGGUAUUUUGCAAUAACUCACAUGUGGAUGAGUAGUUUACAUUCCGCGCUGGCAGAAACCGGUGGUGCCAGCACGUCUGUUCUAAAUUUAAAACUGGAAAUCGCGUGUUCGUAUUUUAAGCACAAACAAACAACAGACCAUCGAAAGGGAAUAGGGCAUCGCGCGUAGAAUUUAAAAUAGUGUGACAUAGGUACAUCAUAGUGGAAUAAUAAUUGAAAUUCACCGAUUCGUCAAAAACUUUGAUGGAGGCAAAGGAAGAGCUAAACAAGCAAGCCAGCAAGCCGGCGGAAGACGAGCACGAUGCCCUCGAGUCGGUGCUAUCCCAUGUGGGCGAGAUGGGGCGCUACCAGCGGCUGCUGUUCGCGGCCAUGUUGCCCUUCGGCCUGGUGUUCGCCUUCGUGUACUUCGUGCAGAUGUUCGUGGCCGCCACGCCGCAAGACCACUGGUGUCGCGUGCCCGAGCUCCAGCACUUGGAUGUGGAGCUCAGAAAGAACCUCUCGAUCCCGGGCGCGUUCGCGGGCGUGGAGCUGGACCGCUGCUCCCGCUUCGAGCGCAACUGGACCGAGGUGGCGCUGACGCUGGCGCCGCCCGACAACGCCACCCCCGUGGUGCCGUGCGCCGGCCGGGAGUUCCUGCUGGGGGACAUCCCCUAUCACACUGUCGUCAGUGAGCGCGACUGGGUGUGCGAGUCGGCGGGGUUCGGUCCGCUGGCGCAGGCCAUCUUCUUCGCGGGCUCCUUCGUCGGCGGCAUCCUGUUCGGCUGGCUGGCCGACACCUACGGCAGAGUGCCUGCUUUAGUCGGUUCGAAUCUGAUCGGGUGCGUGGGCGGCGUGGCGAGCGUGUUCACGACGGGGCUGUGGGACUUCGCCUUCUGCCGGUUCCUCGUCGGCAUGUCGUACGACAGCUGCUUCAUGAUGAUGUACAUACUUGUUCUAGAAUACGUCGGUCCCCGGCACCGCACGUGGGUGGCCAACAUGUCGAUAGCGCUAUACUUCGGCGGCGGCUGUCUGAUACUGCCAUGGCUCGCGCUGUGGAUCGGCGACUGGCGCCGGCUGCUGCUGGUCACGUCAGCGCCCAUGCUGACUGUACUGUUUGCGCCGUUACUGGUACCUGAAAGUGCUAGAUGGCUCGCGUCAAAACGUCGUGUUAACCAGGCAGUUAAAGUACUCAGAAGAUUUGAACGAGUCAACGGUACAAAGAUACCACAGGAUGUAAUGGAUGAAUUCAUUGUGUCUUCCCGGCAAACAAGGCAAACGGAUGAGAGUAUGUUAGCUUUAUGCAAGAGUCCACAGCUUCGCUUGAUGAUGACCUUCUUGAUACUUGUGUACAUGGCAUGUGCUAUAGUUUUUGACGGUCUUGUGCGAAUGUCUGAAUCUUUAGGCUUGGACUUUUUCAUUACUUUUACGCUAACUUCAGCUACUGAGAUUCCAUCAGUUACGUUGCUGGCGAUAGUUCUUGAUAGGUGGGGGCGACAAUGGUUAACUUGUGGGCCCCUAGCAACAGCGGGCACGUUAUCUCUCAUUGCAGCAUUUGUUCCACGAGGAGUCCCGCAAGUGACGCUGGCCAUAAUGGCGCGGUUCUGCAUCAACAUGUCGUACAACGCGGCCAUCCAGUGGGCCACGGAGCUGCUGCCCACCGGCGUGCGAGCGUCGGGCAGCUCCCUCGUGCACGUCAGCGGAUACGUCGCCACCGUCGUCUCGCCGUUUGUUGUUUAUUCUGAGCGCUACUGGCGCCCUCUACCGCUGCUGACGCUUGGCGUGAUCGCGCUGCUGGCGGCCGGCCUGGGCGCGCUGCUGCCCGAGACCAACGGCCGGCAGAUGCCGCAGACCAUCGCGGAUGGAGAACGGCUGUUUGCGGAGCAUUCCAUUUGCGGUAAACCAGAAAGAGAAGAUGCGGAGGAUAAAUGGGUGACUUCUGAAGAGGACAAACAGGAUAAACUGGUGACGUAGUACUUAUGGGAAAAUGAAGAGAUUGGGUUUGACUAACUACCUCAUGGUAGGUUUACCACAGUAUACAACAAUUCAACGAUACACAAGAACAUAAUUACGGUUAAAAUUACAAUUGGAUAAAAAAUAAGUUUAAGGUUGUGACAAAAGACUGCAGAGUUAAAAGAAAUAUGGUAGAUUGGCGCUGUGAAUCAAGUGGGUUAUUCGAUAUAAUGCUAAACCUAGUGCUGCCAUUUGCAAUAAUGUUUCACCGCUACGGCAAUCCUUGUUGUUAAUUAUAUUGCACCCCAAUGUUAAAGUUGUGAUAAACUAUUCACUCACUAUUGCCUAUAAGUAUAAGGAACCUUAUAAAUCGAGGCUAGAAUUCAUAUUAUUUCGGAAUUCUAUAGAUACUUAAUAGGUGUUGUUACUUCGAUUAUGUAUAAAAUAAGUUAUAUGGUGCUUGAAGUGUACUUAUCGUUUGGAGUCUUCCUGAUACCUAUAUACGUUACAAUAUUUUAAUUAGCUAUGUAAUCGGUAUAUAUUGGUACGUUAUGAGUUUCAAAGGUUAUUUAAUGUAGAUUACUUACAUACUUUAGUAUAGAAAUAUUUUAAAAGAAAACAUUAUAAAAUUAUUAUUGUAUGAUAUUUGACUGCGUAUUAAGAUAAUGGAGUUUUUAUGACUUCUAUAUCAAUCGUUAACAUAUUAGUAAAUUAUUGUAUGAACACAACGUAGCUAGGUAGUACGAUUUAAUCGCUUCAGAAAUAUAUU